AACUCGCCGGUUCUCCGAAAUUCUCUCCUUCAAUACAAGCUGAGAGUUCAAUAUCAGAAGAACUAAGAAGUAAAAAGAACCAAAUCAAAAACUAAAGUGCAAUUAUUCAAUUUUCUAAAGCUUGAAAAAUAAAAAGAAGAAUGUCUCCGACUAAAGAUUAAUCUCAUCUAACAGACAACUUGAAUUGAUAAUAAUUUACUCAAAUAGGAACAAAGUUUUAUGCUGGUAUUUGAACACUUACGUGAAACCGGAACGACAUCGCAAAUAUCAAACUCGCGCGCGCUUUUUCUAUUUCACUAUUAAAGACAUCGUGGGGUUGAGUCAUGAAAAAAAUGAUGAUGAGAGUGAGGAGACAAGUGCCACACCAUAGUUGUAGUUACGUGAUAUUCAUAGCAUUAGUUUACGUCAUUAGAUUAACGCAGUCAGCGAUAACAGUCGGUAGCUUGGAGAGUUUAGAAGGAGAUUUAAAAGCCACCACGCUUUCGACACCGUCGUCUUUAAUUUCAUUACCGUGCAUAUUUACAUCGAAUACAACACUCGACUGCUCGAAGCAAAAACUUUCAGCGAUACCAAAAGACUUGCCGAUAUGGAUUGAGAGUUUGAACUUGAGCUUCAAUAACUUCGAUGACAUUAAAGAUGACAUGUUUUAUGAAUGUUGUAGAAACGUGAAAGUUCUUGAUCUCUCGCAUAAUGACAUCUCGGAGCUGCAACAAAGGCACUUUAAGAAUCUUAACAAUCUCGAAGUUCUUUUACUUGGCGACAAUAAAAUCAGCACUUUGGAACCAGAAGUUUUUCAGGGACUGACGAAAAUGAAAAGAUUGAGUUUGAAGAAUAAUCCACUUGAACUUAGAAGAUCUUCGUCUAAAGGAUUUCUUAUUCAAUCGAGUUUAGAAGAGUUAAACUUAGACAAUUGCGAGUUGAAGGAAAUUCCUGAUGGAACAUUUAACAACAUGAGGCAGUUGAGAAUCUUGACACUUGCUGGAAAUCCACUCGAUGAAUUUCUUGACCUAACUGCAUUUGAGCAGCUUACAAAUCUGAUAAAACUUCGAAUACCAAAUCUUACACAAGCAACAAUUUAUGAGCUUUGUAAUAAGCUCAUUGCGAUUGACGUAGUAAACUUUGAUGAGUUUAACAUAACUUGCUUGGUUCUGGCUGAUGACGGAGCUUUUGAAGACAGUGUCAUAACAAACGAUCCAGUCGGUGAGCCCAAGAGUGCCUCAGUUUUGUCUUACGAACUUCCAAUGGCCGUUCCCAAAUCAACAUUACCAACAACAACAGUGACAGCUUCAACAACUUCAACGUCUUCACCAUCGCAAGCAACAAAUUCUGAUAAAAAAUUAUCAACAUCUACAACCGAAGCGAUAAACGUUGUUGAAGCAUCAAAUGAAAUUAAAAUAAAUCAAACAGAACCUGAAACUACGAAAGCAGCGAUUGACAUUGACAAUGAAACGAUCAAAUACAUUUUAAUUGGAAUUUUCACAAUCACACUUUUGGGAAUAAUUAUUGGAUUGAUUUGUCGAGCAGAUGCAUGUGGAAUUAAAACAAAAUGUUGUCGAACAAAUAAAAAAGACAUGAAAAAUCGACGAGAACCGGAGGACACUGUGAGUCCCUUUGAGGAAAUUCCAUUAAAUUCUGUUACCGUUAAAACCACCAACAAUAGUCAGGCAUAAAAAUAUUUCUUAGAACUUCUUUAAAUUAAAAUUUACAGGGAAAGAAUGAUACGAAUACAAUUUUUCUUAACUCUUGCUGAGACUUCAUUUGAUGUCAAACAUCAAGUGAAAUCUGCUGAACCAAAAAAAAUAUGAAACUUUAUGAAAAGAUUCGAUACGAGAUCGAAUGAUUGUACAUAAGUAGAUAGAAGUGAAAAUUUCUUGCCUUAGAGAACACGCACAAUAUUUGAGACUUCAUGACGAUUUAUUCGUCAUAAUUAUUCAGCACUAUUCAUUACUCAAUAGUCUCACCUAACUAAAUUAUUUAUUUUAUGACGUAGAUAAUUCAUUUACACGCUUCAUAUUUUUGUUUUCAUCUUCUUCAAAACAUUUCCAUUCCUAAACUAAAUUUAAUAAAUAAUAAUUGAUUGUAUGACAACUGGCAAACAAUGAAUCAGAUAAGAAGAUUUUUCAAGUCAUAUUUAAAUGAAAUGAAACUUUGCCAAAUUAAGAUGCUUCUUCAAUUUCAUUUAAUUGAAAUCUUCUAAAUAAAUUUAAAUAAUUGCCAAGAAAAUUUUGAAUGAUGAAAGUUGCCAAACGACUUACAAUCACAUGAGUUAUUGUAAAUAUGAUAAGAGAAAGAAAAGAUUGUUUAAGAUUAAGUUUCCAUUUAUGGGUUUGUUCAUUCUUCAAUCUAAAAGAAAAAUAAUUAAGAAAUAAGGAAUUUUGUGGGAAAAACUCUUUUUUUUUCUAUUUAUUUCUGGCACUUUUCUUGAUACUUUUGAAAGCUUCUCACGCACUUUGAUAAGCACAAGUUAAAGUGAUUUUGAUCCUGAUUUCUUUCAAAAAUUUUAAAUGGUUUUCCUGUGUCAAUAAUAAAAAAAGAGAAAAUUUUGUUUGGUAAUUUGAAUA